AUGUCUGGUGUUGGCAAUUUGGUAUUCAUUGAGGAAAUACUGAAUAAAACAGUUUACAUGAAUAUAUUGAAACAAAGUUUGAAUCAAAUUGCUGAAAAACUCCACAUUCGUGAUAAUUAUUACUUCCAACAGGACAAUGAUCCAAAACACACUGCUAUUGACGAUAAGAAUUGGAUCGACGAAACAACGAUGUCCACCUCCAUAUAUACCAAAAGGUUUCCCGAUAACUGCUCACAUAGGGAAAGAAGGAAGGUACAGCCAAUACACAAUCGUCAUUCAAGUCUAAAGAAGUGUUGUCCGCUGGGUGAGAGCUUGAGCAUGUCGGAGGAAGGUGAAAGCAGAGCCUUGUGUGUAUCGACAAGCCGAUUACUUCAACAUAAAGUUUUAAAUGUCACUCUCUACGACAAUUGUAUAGAAGACAUGGAGACUGACAUUAAUCUUCCUGUCGAAAUCGGGAAUCCUUGCAAUACAUCCUUUUUAUAUAACAACGAAGAUGACUUGUUUUUUGUUGUGCAAGACGGUUCACUACUUGUGAUGGACUCACAUGCAAAUGAAACGUACUCCAUGGAAAACAAGUAUUGUCUUGAUAUAGAGAAUUCAUCGGGGACUACAUAUGCCAUCGUGUGCAUUACUGCGGUCCAAGACCAUAUCAAUCGCAGUCAAAUACUAAUUGUCGGCAUUCUAAUGCUUAUUUCUAUACCGUGUCUUUUAUUGGUAUCCUAUGUUCAUUUUCGGAUAAAAGAAUUGAGGACAUUACAUGGAAUGACGUUAAGCAUUAUGUCGUUUUGCUUAGCCACUGGUUAUUUUCUUUAUUCCUUAGUACAUCUUUUUAAAUUGGAUGACCGCAAUAUUGGAUAUGCUGUUCAAUUUUUCGUACUGUCAUAUUAUUUUUGGUUUUUCUGUCUUUGCUGCAAUGUAUGCUGUAAUAUCUGGAUCCACAUUUCAACAAACAAAAGGAAAACACAAAAUGUAAGGUUAUUGUAUAUGGGAGUAUAUUGUGUUACAUCCUUUACUGGAUCUUUAAUAUUGGUUACACUCACAAACCAAAAGGGACUUCCUGGAAUGCCGUCAUACUUCAUACAAGGCUACACAGAAUCCAUAAGGGAGUCGCAGCGAUACUUCAUUCCACCAGUGUCUACCUUAUUACUUCUUAGCUUUUUUGUUAUGACAGCGACAUUCUUCGGAUUUCAGAAAUAUAAAAAACGUGGCGUAUGUGUGGCAACCAAGCAGAAUUCUGAUAUUGACCCACCUAGUGGUAUAAAAAUUUACGAAGAAGUUAAAAAGGAUGCCAAAUGUAUCAGUUUACUCGGAUUAAUACUUAUAUCGACUUGGUUGUUGGAGAUUGUUACAUUUUACUCUCCUGGUCCACAGAUAUAUUUAAUAUUGAUGGACAUGAUAAAUGGUCUGCAAGGUGUAUUUGUUCUACUUAUAUUUCUAGUUAUUCGCAGAAGAAGAACUGUAAUUUUCCGAUGGUGGAAUGACAGAGGGUCAUAUGUUGUUGAAAAGGUUGAGUUGGAUACCCUUAAUUAG